GUCGUACAUUUUUUCCCAACCUACCACCAACAGAGAAUCCAUAGAACCACAUUGCUCAGGAACCUUUCUAUAAAAUAUGGUUUCCUAACCCUAACAUUCUCCAUAACCAUACCUUCGAAUUCGAAGCUAGAGAGAGAGAGAGAGAGAGAGAGAACAAUGGCGAAGAACAAGAAGACACACGUAAUGGUGAUACCGUUCCCACAGCCAGGCCACAUGCUUCCGAUCGUCGACCUCGUCCACCACCUCCUCCGUCGCGACGCUGCCGUCACCGUCCUCCUCACACCCGAUAACCUCCAUUAUCUAGACCCUCUCCUCCGCCUCCACUCGCCGGAAAACCUCCGUCCCCUCUCCUUCCCCUUCCCUUCUCACCCUUCCAUUCCCUCCGGCGUCGAGAACAUGUCUCAGCUCCCUAUCCACGCCAUUGGAGACAUGAUCCAAGCUUUCUCUCUCCUCCGCCACCCUGUCUCUGAUUGGCUCAAGUCCUCCACGGACCCACCCGCCGCCAUCCUUGCCGACGUGUUCUCUGUUCCGUGGACGAACAAGAUCGCCGAGGAGUUGGGGAUCAAGUCCAUUGCCUUCCUCCCGACAACUGCUCACACGUUGUCGGCGAUCUUUGGACAAGACGACCGUGGGUUCUUAGAGGAGCUCAUACUGAACACAAGCAAGAGCUGGGGACUGGUUCUAAACUCAUUCAAGGAGUUGGAGGAAAAAUACGUCGAAGAUCUAAAGAAGAAUUUUAUGGGCAACCACCGAGUCUGGACUGUGGGUCCCAUUCUCCCACCCUCCGCCGAAGACCGCGGCGGGAAAAGCUCUGUCCCCGUCGGCGAGCUAACGGCGUGGCUCGACGCCUUACCCGAGAACUCCGUCGUCUACGUGUCAUUCGGGAGCCAGGUCAGCAUGGGCAAGGCCCAAGGCGAGGCCAUCGCGGCGGCUCUAGAGAAAAGCGGCGUCCGCUUCAUAUGGGCGGUGAAGAAAAGCGGCGGAGACGAUACGGCGGAGAUCGUCCCUCAAGGGUUCGAGGAACGGACGGCAGAGAGAGGGAGGGUGAUCAGAGGGUGGGCCCCCCAGAAGGUGAUCCUGGAGCACCGAGCUGUCGGGUCGUAUCUGACCCAUCUCGGGUGGGGCUCCGUCUUGGAAGGGUUGAUAGGCGGCACGGUGCUGUUGGCUUGGCCCAUGCACGCGGACAACCAUUUCAACACCAAGCUCCUCGCCGAUGAGCUGGGCGCCGCCGUCAAGGUCUGCGACGGCAUGGACUCGGUCCCUGACUCGGAUGAACUCGCCCGAGUGUUGGCCGACUCGGUCCGCGUGGACCUUCCAGCGCGGGAGAAGUUAGUGGAGCUCCGGCGGAUGGGGCUAGCUGCCAUUGACGAAGGUGGGAGCUCGUACAAGGUGUUGGAUGAUAUGGUCCGAGAAAUUGGAACCUCGGGCGUGUAGUGUCUGGACCCUUAAGGUUUUCUUCUUGUAACGCUUUUGUCUAUUUUGGCAAAGUGGAAUAAUAUGAUGAUACAUCGUCAUCAUCGUCAUCAUCGUUGUUGUUGUUGUUUCGGGGUUUUAGCGAUCCCUAACUAUAAAUGUCUCUCUUUUAUUAUUACUA